ACAACGCACCUCCGGCCAAGGUUUCAACAGAUCUCACGAACAACCCCAGUCCAGUGGAACACACCAUGGAAACCGUGUUGUUUACGUUUCACAGAUUUGCCGGGGAUAAAGGCUACUUAAUGAAGGAGGGCCUGAAAGUACUCAUGGGAAAGGAGUUCCCUGGAUUUUUGGAGAAUCAAAAAGACCCUCUGGCUGCAGACAUAACAAUGAAGGACGUGGACCAGUGCCAAGACAGCACACUGAACUUCCAGAACUGGUUUUCACUCACUGUGGGGCUCACCACUGUGGACAACAGCUAUUUGUAGUACCUAUGAAGCAGAAGGGAACGAAGCAGGCAGAACUAAGCAAUUACUCGGCCCCGUGAGAGUUCUCCCAAAGAGUUGCUAUAGGAACUGCCCACAGCUUCCCCCUGUAGAAGGCUUUCAUGAGCAGACCAGGGCCAAGAAAACAGACACAUCAAAUCCAAAUCUCAUCUAACAAGCAAAGAAAGGAAGUUAAUUAAAUAAUAGGCUCUUGAUCUUUAGAUUGUUUGCAUCCUCUUGGCCUCAAUAGACACGUCCUUUUUAGUUUGGGAAAAUAUAUAUAUACUGUUUAAAUUACUUUUUAAGCCUUUGCCUUGGUACAUAUAUAUUUU